AGUGCACCCUGACACUGACCUCCGUGCCUGGAGUUUCUCUCUCAGGACCUAGGAGAAAGGAGCAGAGGCCAGGACCCACGGAGCCAGAGCUACAGGCUGGGGCAUUCCCAGGAGAGGGGCUGGUGUGGCCUGGAUGAGGUACAGAGAUGGGGAAAAAGCUGGACCUUUCCACACUCACAGACGAGGAGGCUGAGCACGUGUGGGCAGUGGUUCAGCGGGACUUCGACCUCAGGAAGCGAGAAGAAGAAAGACUUCAGGGGCUGAAGGGCAAAAUACAAAAGGAGAGUUCCAAGAGAGAGCUGCUGUCGGACACAGCCCAUCUGAAUGAGACCCACUGUGCCCGCUGCCUGCAGCCCUACCGGGUGCUCCUGAACAGCAGAAGGCAGUGCCUAGAAUGCAGCCUCUUUGUCUGCAAAAGCUGCAGCCACGCCCACCCAGAAGAGCAGGGCUGGCUCUGCGACCCCUGCCACUUGGCCAGAGUCGUGAAGAUCGGCUCCCUGGAGUGGUACUAUCAGCAUGUGAGAGCUCGCUUCAAGCGCUUCGGGAGUGCCAAAGUGAUCCGGUCUCUCUGCGGGCGGCUGCAGGGUGGAGGUGGAUCUGAGCCAAGCUUGGAAGAAGGAAAUGGAGACAGUGAGCAGACGGAUGAGGAUGGAGACCAGCCCCUCACCAGUAAAAAGAAAAAGCGCCUGCUCUCCUUCCGCGAUGAGGACUUUGAAGAAGAUUCAGAUCACUCAGUGCAGCCUUACAGCCAAACGCGGGGCCUGUCCUCAGUCCCUCAGACUGCACACAGCCUGCAGUCCCUCUCAGGUGAGCCCUACUCUGAGGACACCACCUCUCUGGAACCUGAGGGACUGGAGGAGAAUGGUGCAAGGGCUUCGGGAUGUCGUCCCAGUCCUGAAGUGCAGCCAUAUAGCCCUUUACCCUCUGGGGAGGAUGGUCACACUGAACUGAACUUGCCUGCAGCAUCCUGCGAGAGUGCCUUUGGGACCACAGCUAUGCCUGGGACUGAGGGUGUCAGGGGCAAACAUCUGCCCUCACAGUACCUGGCUGAUGUGGACACCUCUGAUGAAGACAGUAUCCAGAGUCCCAGGGCGGCCUCCCAGCAUAGCAAGAGGAGGGCCCGGACUGUGCCUGAGACUCAGAUCUUGGAGUUGAACAAGCGAAUGUCAGCUGUGGAGAACCUGCUGGUCCACCUGGAGAACGCGGUUCUGCCACCCUCAGCCCAGGAACCAACUGUGGAGACACACCCCAGUGCUGACACAGAGGAGGAGACACUCAGGAGGAGGCUGGAAGAACUGACCAGCAACAUCAGUGGUUCUGGCACCUCAUCGGAAGAUGAGACCAAGCCAGAUGGCACCUUCCUUGGAGGGUCCCCAAAGGUGUGUGCGGACACAGGGCACAUGGAGACCCAGGAAAGGAGCCCCCGGAGUCCUGGGAACCCAGCUCGGCCCACGAAAAGCACAGAUGAGGAGCUAUCAGAGAUGGAGGAUAGAGUGGCCAUGACAGUGUCUGAAGUUCAGCAAGCUGAGAGUGAGGUCUCAGACAUCGAGUCCAGGAUCGCAGCUCUGAGGGCAGCAGGACUCACAGUGAAGCCCUCGGGAAAGCCGCGGAGAAAGUCAGGCAUCCCGAUCUUUCUUCCCCGGGUUACUGAGAAACUUGACAGGAUCCCAAAGACUCCACCUGCAGACCCUGAGGACCAAGCCAAGGUGCCCAAGACAACAGCUGUGCCCUCUCUCCUGAGGAGGAAGUAUUCUCCCAGCAGCCAAGGCAUAGACGGUGGUUCUUUUGAUCGGAAAUCAGUGUACCGUGGCUCACUGACACAGAGGAACCCUAACGGGAGGAGAGGGACAGCCAGCCACAUCUUCGCGAAACCUGUGAUGGCCCAGCAGCCCUAAAGGAAGGCUCAUGGCACAGGACAGUACCACAAAGCACCCCACAGUUUCCUCCACAUGACGGUUGCCUCCCCAUGAGCUCUGUUCUUUGUGAUGCUCACAGCUGCUUGUAGUCAUCAUCCCAGUGAGGAGUAAGAAGAAUCUUAUGCGUGUCUUUACCAGGUCACCAACCCGAGCUAGGGUGCCUGCCAGACUCUGACCUGGGAAAUACAAACUCUGUGUCUCCCCUCAAUUGAUCAGUUCUCUGCCUGCUGAAGGACACUCAGAUACCAUCUCACUGUGAUUCUUCAACCCGAUCAUCGACUUUGUUAGGCCUCCCUCACAGCUGGGAUGAAAAGAGCUGGCUCAGAGGAAGCCCUGAACAUGUACACAUCCCUGACUAUGCAUGUGCAGGAGAUGGGAGGGGGAGGUAGAAACAAGAGUAUCUGUGGGCAUGAUGAGAGAGUGUACAAUUGCAGGAGUGAAUGAGGCGGGGUGGAUUCCUCCCCUACCCGACAGACUUAGUUCUUCAAACUUCCUUGUGUGUUCUAGAUGAGGGCAGAUAACACUGACCACCCCCCAACCCCAGCAUUCCCACCCCAAUAACCACCACCCACAGUGCCACACUGAGACCAAGCCUCCAACACGGGCUUUUGGGGUACACUGCAUAGGGACCUCGCUUUCUAGAUAGCUGUCUUCAAAUGCAGGCUUCUACCCUAUAGAUGACUGACUGCUCUGGGGUUUAUCAAGAACUCAGAUCUUCCAGAUCAAGCUCGUCAGAGCCAGUUUUGCUGGUGUCUGCACGGUCUGCCCUUCACAGCCAUCCCGCCACUACACACCCAGAGCUGCCUCUUUCCUGUCAGCUUGUAUCCUAUUCUGGGCAUCAAGAGAACACAUAGGCCAGAACCACAAACAUCCUAGUGUCUUCUGAAAAUAAACUCCAGGGAGAAGCCUCUCACUCAUUCAGAGCUCCUCUCAGGAGCGCCAUAUUUGUGACAACCUGAUGCAGGAAAUGUGUCCUCCUGUGCCACCUGUGCCCUGAACUACUUGCCACCUGACCCUACUUGCCCUUGGGGGUGAGGUGGCACAGAGUCAACAACACAGACUCCGGAAGGAGGUGGGAAACAGAAACACUGCAGCAAGUUCAUGUGAAUGAUGCUACAAGCUCUUUUAAUACCCUCCACCCACGCCCCCUUGAUCCCAAGAAAGCAUCUCUUCUAAACAGCAGUUCUUGACUGGCUGACAUUGUCUGCACCAGCAGUCCUUGGUCUCUCAGGCAGUCCUCCAUUAGGU